AUGGCGCUCACUGCAAUCAAGAUACUCUACAUAGUUCUUGGUUUCAUUUUGACUGGCUUAAGAACUGUUCUUGUCCUAAUGUACUACUUGUGGCUUUUACUGUCGUUCAAGGUCUGGACAUGGUUUAGACGCAUGCGACAGGGCGUGAAGGUGAAACACAUCAAACACAACAACUACAACUUCUGUUAUUUCACUCGAGGGAAACCUGGAGCCCAGCCAUCCAUGCUAAUGCUUCAUGGGUACUUAUUCAGCAAAGACAUGUGGUUAGAUACUCUUGAGUACAUUCCUGAGGACAUCCAUGUGGUUUGUAUUGACCUUCCUGGUCAUGGGGCAACCACUCGUUUGAUGGAUGAUAGCUACAGGGCACCUGACCAGGCUGAGCUAAUUCAUGAGUUUGUUGAAUGCAUUGGUCUGGACAAAAAUCCCUUCCAUCUGAUUGGUUUCUCUGUGGGCGGAAUGAUUGCCGGGGCUUAUGCCGCUCUUUAUCCAUCCCAUGUCCACUGUUUGUCCCUCCUUAGCCCAGGUGGUCUCCGGUAUGAAGGAGGUUAUGAAUUGGUCAAGCACUUCAGGCAGCUAGAGAAGUCUAUCAGUGUGGGAAGCAGUCAUUUCUAUGCUUCGACCGAGAGGCUGGUAGAAGAACUGCUGAAACUUGGCCUAUAUCACCCAAGCUUAUCACAGUUGAAGAUCCUAAAGGGAUAUAUUCUUGAUGAUAGACCAAAAAAGUCAUUCUACAUGAAAAACUUCAUAGAUCUCACUAGUCUGAAGUCCAGGUACUGUGUUGAAGACAAUGCAAGCGAGAUCAAGGCUCCAACUGAGAUCAUCUGGGGAGAACAUGAUAAGAUAUUUGAUCCCUCUGGAGCAGACAUUUUAGCCAAAGUUAUUCCUCACUGCCAGGUGAACAUGUUGGACAAAUGUGGACACUUCAUAACCAUGGACAGGCCACAGAAAUCUGCAGAACUCAUCCUGGAAUUCCACAAUUCAGUUUGUGGCACCAAGAAGACUAACUAA